AAAAUUUGCUGGGGCUGCCAGAAGGAAGAAAAUGCCUUUGACAUUAUGUUGCUGGGGACAUUGACUUUGUCCCACACUCAGCAGGAGUGAGGAAGUUGGCAUUUACUGAUAAGCUAAGAAAAGGCAGUGCCUUUUGUAAUUUAAGCUCCACCCAUGGCACACUCACUCAAGGAAGAUAUAAAUGACAAGGUCCGCUCAGCUGUCAGACAAGGUUUUCCAAGCAAGAUGAAGCCCAACAUCAUCUUCGUACUUUCCCUGCUCCUCAUCUUGGAGAAGCAAGCAGCUGUGAUGGGACAAAAAGGUGGAUCAAAAGGCUGAUUACCAAGUGAAUCUUCCCAAUUUCCACAUGGACAAAAGGGCCAGCACUAUUCUGGACAAAAAGGCAAGCAACAAACUGAAUCCAAAGGCAGUUUUUCUAUUCAAUACACAUAUCAUGUAGAUGCCAAUGAUCAUGACCAGACCCGAAAAAGUCAGCAAUAUGAUUUGAAUGCCCUACAUGAGACGACAAAAUCAGAACGACAUCUAGGUGGAAGUCAACAACUGCUCCAUAAUAAACAAGAAGGCAGAGACUAUGAUAAAUCAAAAGGUCAUUUUCACAGGGUAGUUAUACACCAUAAAGGAGGCAAAGCUCAUCAUGGGACACAAAAUCCUUCUCAAGAUCAGGGGAAUAGCCCAUCUGGAAAGGGAAUAUCCAGUCAAUAUUCAAACACAGAAGAAAGGCUGUGGGUUCAUGGACUAAGUAAAGAACAAACUUCUGUCUCUGGUGCACAAAAAGGUAGAAAACAAGGUGGAUCCCAAAGCAGUUAUGUUCUCCAAACUGAAGAGCUAUUAGCUAACAAACAACAACGUGAGACUAAAAAUUCUCAUCAAAAUAAAGGGCAUUACCAAAAUGUGGUUGAAGUGAGAGAGGAACAUUCAAGUAAAGUACAAACCUCACUCUGUCCUGCGCACCAAGACAAACUCCAACAUGGAUCCAAAGACAUUUUUUCUACCCAAGAUGAGCUCCUAGUAUAUAACAAGAAUCAACACCAGACAAAAAAUCUCAAUCAAGAUCAACAGCAUGGCCGAAAGGCAAAUAAAAUAUCAUACCAAUCUUCAAGUACAGAAGAAAGACGACUCCACUAUGGAGAAAAUGGUGUGCAGAAAGAUGUAUCCCAAAGCAGUAUUUAUAGCCAAACUGAAGAGAAAGUACAUGGCAAGUCUCAAAAACAGACAACAAUUCCCAGUCAAGAGCAAGAGCAUAGCCAAAAGGCAAAUAAAAUAUCAUACCAAUCUUCAAGUACAGAGGAAAGACGACUCCACUAUGGAGAAAAUGGUGUGCAGAAAGAUGUAUCCCAAAGCAGUAUUUAUAGCCAAACUGAAGAGAAAGCACAGGGCAAGUCUCAAAAACAGAUAACAAUUCCCAGUCAAGAGCAAGAGCAUAGCCAAAAGGCAAAUAAAAUAUACCAAUCUUCAAGUACGGAAGAAAGACGACUCCACUAUGGAGAAAAUGGUGUGCAGAAAGAUGUAUCCCAAAGCAGUAUUUAUAGCCAAACUGAAGAGAAAGUACAUGGCAAGUCUCAAAAACAGAUAACAAUUCCCAGUCAAGAGCAAGAGCAUAGCCAAAAGGCAAAUAAAAUAUCAUACCAAUCUUCAAGUACAGAAGAAGGACGACUCCACUAUGGAGAAAAUGGUGUGCAGAAAGAUGUAUCCCAAAGCAGUAUUUAUAGCCAAACUGAAGAGAAAGCACAGGGCAAGUCUCAAAAACAGAUAACAAUUCCCAGUCAAGAGCAAGAGCAUAGCCAAAAGGCAAAUAAAAUAUCAUACCAAUCUUCAAGUACGGAAGAAAAACGACUCCACUAUGGAGAAAAUGGUGUGCAGAAAGAUGUAUCCCAAAGCAGUAUUUAUAGCCAAACUGAAAAGCUAGUAGCAGGCAAGUCUCAAAUCCAGGCACCAAAUCCUAAGCAAGAGCCAUGGCAUGGUGACAAUGCAAAAGGAGAGUCUGGCCAAUCUACAAAUAGAGAACAAGACCUACUCAGUCAUGAACAAAAAGGCAGACACCAACAUGGAUCUCAUGGGGGAUUGGAUAUUGUAAUCAUAGAGCAGGAAGAUGACAGUGAUCGUCAUUCGGCACAACAUCUUAACAACGACCGAAACCCAUUAUUUACAUAAACCUA